AAUCAUAACAGCAGCUAGACCUACUUAACUGUAAACUGUAAACAUUCAAAUACUUUAUAUAGGCUACUGCUGGCAGUUCCUUACUUAUUCUGUAAAUCAGUAGAAUUGUUGUACGAGAGAGAAUGCCGUGGAAACGCUCCUCAAGGUCAGAGAUAGUGCACAUUGUGGUCACUGGCUACCAGAAGAAGAAAUCUCCAAACAAAUACUAUGUGUUUGUGAUUGACAUAACAUGGAAUAACUCCGAAAGAUUCGAGGUUUAUCGUCGCUACAGUGAUUUUUUCUCUUUCCAGACGACACUCAAGGCUCUUUUCCCGGGUGCUGCUGGCAAGAAAACGGAUACUAGGGUGAUCCCCCAGUUACCAAAGCGAAUAUUUGUCGGAAGGAGCCACGUUGCCAAGGUAGCAGAAGCAAGACUGGAACAAAUCAAUAGAUACUGUCAGACUCUGAUCAGUCUAGAGCCGUUGAUCUCUGAGAGUGUCCAUGUGAUUGGUUUCUUUAGCCCACGAAGCACAGACAAACCACUUCCAAAGCUUCAUCUACACAGACCAGCCUCCAUACAUCCUCAGAAGAUUCCGGCAGGUAGUCUAUUUGAGGAUUACUGUGCUCUGGCAGAAUACCAGGCCGAGGACGAGUCUCAAAUCUCUUUUAGUCCUGGGGAGAAGGUGCUAGUGUUGUCUAAAGAUGAUUCAGGUUGGUGGAUGUGCAGUGUGGACGGAGGUAAGGUGGGCUGGGCCCCUCCCUCCUACCUCAAGAAAUGUGAGAAGAACAGUGACGGAGAUAGUGACACAGACGAUGAAUACAUUGGAUUUCCCGAUUCCUACGCUAAGGAGAAAGACUCUGAUGACAGUGGUGUGGGGGACCACGAAUCUACGCCCGAUAGCUCGUUGAUGCAAGGCUUUAAAGCCCCCGAGAUAGAUGCGGAGGCGUACAAGGCGAUAGACUCGUACGAGGCUGAGGGUCCAGGUCAGGUGACCUUUGAGGCCGGCAGCACUGUGCAUGUCCUGGAUAAGAUGGAGGAUGGAUGGUGGUUUGUGAGCAAUGGUGUUGAUGAGGGCUGGGCUCCGUGUAGUUACCUGGAAAACGGAGGAGAUGAAGAGGAGGUGGCCAUCUCCAGCCUAGAUAUUCAAAAGUAUGUGACCCUGGAGGAGUAUAAAGCUGAGGAGGACGACGAGAUGUCAUUUGUAAAGGGCAUUACAGUUGACGUGAUUCAGAAAAGGCUGGAUGGAUGGUGGCUGAUCAAACUACACUCUAGGAUAGGUCUGGCACCAGCCACUUUCUUGAAGAAGCUCUCGAGCCCCUGCCCUCAGAGUGAGUCAGGAGAGGAGCCCCUUUUUCGUAAGGUCAAUGUGGUGACGGCUUCGUCUCCUCCACAACCUGAGUUUCUGAUCACCAACAAGCAACCACCAAGAAAGCAAUCGGUUCGUUAUCGAGCUAGUAUGAAGAAGAACAUAUUAAACAAACCUCAAGCUGAGAAGAGAAUUCUCUCACCUCUCCACCAAGUACAGACCACUCCCCUCUCUCCGAUCUCAUCCGAAGUGACAAGUGAUCCCGGUAAAAGCCUGGCUAAAGGGCGUUUAAAUGCACCAAUACCUGCACCAAGAACUGCCCGCAACUUAAGCCCAAUCUCUUCCGAUUCUGAGCCAGAAUCACAAGGGCAGAGCAAAUCACAGCCUCCAAAAUCGCCAAGAAUGGUCAAACGUGGUUUGGAAAGUAGGAUCAAAAAGUUCGAGAAACGUAGAGAGUCAGAAUCUUCAAUGAGCGAGGACAGUAUUCCUGCCUCCCACAAAUCAGAGCGUCUUUCUAAGCAAAUAUCCUCUCCAGAUGUGCACACAGAUUCACAUGUAAAAGUACACGGAAAAUCUUACUCAGUGGAUGAAGUAUCAGAAGACAGAAGGAGGGGGGAAGUUCCAACACCACCCCCUCGCCCUCACAGAGCUGAAAUGAACCGGCUGCAUGUUCCAGUUAUCCCCAAGAUUACCGAGGAUCUGUUAGCAGACGAUUCUCCUUCCUCAGGCCCAAAUAGACCAGCUAGACCGAGAGUGAGUGAGAUACGAAGAGCCAAGGAUAAAUCACGAUCUACGAGUCCUUACAGGUUGGACGGAGAAGGAGACACUGAUGCUUCCUCCGUGUUCUCUAUGAGCUCAAAAAGUUCAUCAGAAGUUUCCUCCAAAGCACAUCACAGAAAAGUUCACAAGAAACUAAGCACUGUUGACACACCUUCUGCCUCUUUGUUGCCUCCACCUGUACCUCGACGAAAGAGCACUAGUGAUGCAGACAUUGACGAAGCUUGUGCUCCACCCCUUUCAGCUCCACCCCAACGACUGCCCACAGACACUUCACAAGCUGCCAAUCCACUCAGCCAGCAAAUGGCAGACACACUGAUCAAGUACAUUUUAGCGUCAGAGGACCCAGGACUCAAAGACGCUUUACGUCAAAUCAUCACGAGCAACCCUCAAGCAAUGAAGGUCAUACAGGGUGAUACGGGAGUGCAAGGUGGAAGGCCACCUACUCCCCCACAGAGACCUUAUUGAUAAAUAUCAUACACACUACCGGUAUCUUUUCAUGCAAUCACAUUCAUAUACGUCACAGAGAACAAUUUCCCACUAAUAAAGUGCUAAGUAUUUAUUUAUAAUUAUUUUGUUUACUCACUUCACUCAAAUUUUUAAUUAAAAGAUAUCAUUCUAUUUUGUGUAUAACCCUCUGUAUUGUGCGUCCAUAAUUAUACGUUGUUCAAGGAUAGCAGUUGAUCUGCUGAUUAA